CUUAUUCAUCGUCACUACAAAAGCAUCAAUUAGCUGCUCUUACAGGAGGGAUUACUUAUCUCUAGCUAUUCUAGCUCAAAAGCUAUGGCUCAGUCCAAGAUAACGAAACUUGGGAGCUCACUUCCAGUGCCAAGCGUUCAGGAGUUGGCAAGGGAGUCACUGAACAAAGUCCCAUCACAAUAUGUGCGUCCUGAUCUUGAGCCUCCAGUCGCAUCCAAGGCUGCUUUGCAUGAAGUACCGGUGAUCGAUAUGCAGAAGUUACUAUCUGGAGAACACAUGGAUUUAGAGCUGGACAAGUUUCACCAUGCAUGCAAAGAAUGGGGUUUUUUUCAGUUGAUUAACCAUGGAGCGAACAAGUCACUGAUAGAGAAAAUGAAGACAGAGCUUCAAGGACUCUUCAAUCUACCAAUGGAGGAGAAGCAGAAGCUAUGGCAGAAACCAGGAAAUAUGGAGGGAUUUGGGCAGCAUUUUGUUGUGUCUGAGGAUCAGAAGCUUGAUUGGGCAGAUCUUUUCUUCUUGAACAUGCUUCCAAUCCAUAUGAGGAAACCGCAUUUGUUCUCUGCACUCCCCACGUCGUUCAGAGAGGCUGUGGAAAAUUACUCAGCAGAAUUAAGAAAUCUGGCUAUGACAAUCCUUGAACAUAUGGCAAGAGCUCUUCGUAUGGACUUUAACGAAAUAAAAGAGAACUACGAAGAAGGAUGGCAAUCAAUGAGAAUGAACUACUACCCUCCAUGUCCACAACCAGACCUUGUCAUUGGCCUCAACCCUCAUUCUGAUGCUGGUGGCCUCACCAUCCUUCUCCAAGUCAAUGAAAUGGAAGGUCUCCAAAUUAGAAAAGAUGGAGUGUGGAUUCCUGUUAAACCCCUGCCAGAUGCUUUUGUCAUCAACAUUGGAGACAGCUUGGAGAUAAUGACCAAUGGAAUAUACCCUAGCAUUGAGCACAGGGCAACAGUUAACUCCUCCAAAGAAAGGCUUUCCAUUGCCACAUUUUACAGCCCCAGAUUAGAUGGGACCAUAGGACCAGCACCAAGCCUUGUUACUCCAGAGACUCCAGCAAAGUUUAAAACAAUGACUUCUGCAGAUUACUACAAGGGUUAUUUUGCUCGUGAACUCCGUGGAAAAUCGUAUCUUGAGGUGAUAAGGAUUCAACAGGAUGAAGAACUCAAAAGUAAAUGAGUCCUGGACUAUACGAGUCUAAAAUGAAAUAAUUAAGCUUCAAAAACCCUACAAAUAUGCUAAAAUAAGUUUCUUGAGAGUAUUAAUAGAAGUGUACUGUAUGACUCUGGAACUCAUAACUUAAUUAGUAGUAUAUUAAGCCAAUAAGCAUUGGCAAUUAUAAAUAAAAGAAAAAUGUAUUGAAGAAAUAAUUUGUCAAUAAGAUCUAGCUAGCUAGCUACUGUUUUCGAUUUUUACAUUUUAAAUAACUUCUAUGUAUGAGAUACAGUAUAUCUUAUCUUCCUAGUGCGGAGUCAAUAUAUAUACUUCAAGACUUGAACUAUGA